AUGAGCACUACAAUCACUGAAGUGGAUUCGUGUAUCAUUAAGGAGGAAAAAGAUUUAAGAAAAGAAUCAUGUAAAAGAAGUUCAAAUUCAUUCUCCAUCUCUAUGUCAUCUAGUCAAAGUGCCAUACCAAGAGUAUCUACUGAACUCUCAUCUUCUCAAGAAUACACCAUUCCUCCAAAUAAAAAUUUGAGUGAUUAUUCUCAACAUUAUAACGGAAGUAAUAAUAAUGCACAAUCUAGGAAUUCAGAUCUGUAUGAACAUAUCGAUAAAGGGAGCUUGGGAGAACACCCUACUAGUGGCCCAUUUUUGGAGAAAAGACAAGAGUCAGAUUUGCAAAAUAUCAAGUCAAAUCACUCGAGAAUAUCAAAAGCUUAUAACAAUACCAACAAGAGACCAUCUCAUAAAAGAAAAAAUACUUUUGAAUCUAUUCAUUCCAAUAUUUUAUUCAAAUCAUGUAGUCAUCAUUCCCAAAUCUUCCCUUUACCAGAUAUAGAAAAAGAAGAAGAUAUAAUACCCAACACUUCUGUAUUGUCAUUACCUCCACAUUUGCCAAACGAACGUAAAAACUCUUUUGUUUCUUCAUCAUUACCACCAAUGCUGGAAACCUCUACAACGAAUACUACCUCGUCAUCAUCAUCAAUACUCAACCCUUCUCUAGGUGCCUUAUCUGCUUCCGUCGAAAAUUCCAUCGAAGAAAAGGUGAUACCUAGGGUCGUUGGUCAAAGAAUAGGUGAAGGAGACGUAAACUUUAAUCUUGUUUAUAACAUGCUCACAGGAAUUAGAACAACAGUGAUGUCUACAGAUCUUCAAAAGAAUGAUAAACUACUAGAAAAAGACUUUAAGUACAAUAAUAAAUUAAUAUUUGGUCAAGACGGACUGCGACCCGUUCAAGAGACCAGAAAGACUAUUGGAAAUAACUAUUCAUUUAAAUUCAAAGAUUAUGCGCCAAAAGUUUUCAAAUCUUUACGAGAUUUAUUCAACAUCAAUGAAAAAGAUUAUUUGGAAUCAUUGACGUCAAAAUAUAUUUUGAAUGAACUGAACUCACCAGGUAAAAGUGGAUCCUUCUUCUAUUAUUCAAGCGAUUACAAAUAUAUCAUUAAAACUAUCCAUCACAGUGAACAUUUACAUCUUCGAAAGACGUUGCGUUAUUACUACAACUACAUCAAAUCAAAUCCAAAUACCCUAAUUUGCCAGUUUUAUGGAUUACACAGGGUAAAAUUACCGAUAUCAUUUAAAAAUAGAAUAAAAAACAGGAAAGUUUAUUUUAUUGUAAUGAAUAAUUUGUUCCCACCUUCUUUAAAAUUUGAUAGCACUUUUGACUUGAAAGGAUCGCUACAUGGCAGAUAUACUAAAAUCCCAGAUAAACAUAUACAUGAUCAUGUCGUUGUUCUAAAAGAUUUGAAUUGGAUAAACAGGGAAGAAAAAAUCAAAUUCAAUGGAUCAUUCAAUAAUGACACAUUUUUACGACAGUUGAAGAAGGACGUUGAUUUGUUGGCAAAAUUAAAUACCAUGGAUUAUUCUUUAUUGGUUGGAAUUCACAAUGUAGAUCAAGAUUUCAACGACGAAAUAUUACCAACAAAGUCAAAAAUAUCGAACCAUAAUGUACGUGGGAUAGACGGUUUGAACAAUAACAAUGAACACUGCGUAUAUUAUGUCGGCAUUAUCGAUUGCUUGACAAAUUAUUCAUUAACUAAAAAAUUGGAGACAUGUUGGAGGGGCUUAAAUCAUGAUUUGGAUAUGGUUAGUGCUAUUCCUCCUAAAAAAUAUGCCGGAAGAUUUUACAAGUUUAUUGAGACAGCCAUGCAUUCAAAUUGA